AUGCUCCUGAGAACUGCAAGUAUUUCCAGUGGUAUGAUAACUACUGUUAAACUGGAUGGAACUAAUUUUUUAGAGUGGUCUCAGUCUGCUAAGCUUACCAUUACUGGGAGGGGUAAACUGGGAUUCAUCACAAGAAGGGAAGUAAAGUCGAGUCCUAAAGACCCGAAAUUUGUAAGGUGGGAACAAGACAACUCCCUUGUUAUGUCAUGGCUGAUUUGCUCAAUGCAACCUCAUAUUGCCCGAAAUUACAUGUUUCUUCCAUAUGCCAAGGAUAUCUGGAAUGGGGUGGUUGCUACUUAUUCCCAAGUUAACAAUACUGCCAGAGUGGAUCAACGGAGGGAAGCUUGCAAUAUGCGUCAAGGGGAGAGAUUUGUUGCUACGUAUUUCUCUUCUCUACAGUCUAUAUGGGAAGAAAUGGAUCACUUGAAAUCUCUAGUUUGGAAGGACCCUAAAGAUGGCUUAAACCCAGAGUUUGAUUUCACCAGGCAACACAUUCUUAGUGCAGGCGUUGUCUCUCUUGCUACUGCUUACUCUCUUGUACAAGGGGAAGAAAGUCGAAGAACCGCCAUGAUGCAAUCCUCUGUGAGUGAUCAUUCUGCCUUUAUAUCAUCACGACCCAAGCAAAAUACUAGCAAACAUCCCAUUGUAGAGAAGGUCGAGGAUGUUAUUUGUGAGUACUGCAAGAAGCCAAGACACACUAAAGAAAGGUGUUGGAAGCUCAAUCCUCAUCUAAAGCCGGAGAAGUACAAAACCGGGAAGAAGGGCAAUGCUCACUUGGCUACAAUUGGUAAUGAUGCUCAACCCUUGGAUGUGCUUGACUCCUCUAAUGUGAUGGACAAACUCAGGAAUAUAUUGUUGCAGUUAGAGAAGGGUGGUACAUCCUCCUCAUCUGGUUCUAGACUUAGUAAUCUAUCUAGUUCAUAUGCCAAGAUAGGUACUGCACUUGCUUGUUCCACCUCCUUUAGCCCAUGGGUUGUAGACUCUAGGGCCAGUGCCCAUAUGACUGGUAUGCCUUCACAUUUUACCUCAUAUAAGUUAACCCUGGGGAAGGGCAAGAUUACUGACCUGAGCAUGGGGAAGACGAUUGGAAGUGGGCAUGAAGUGGGUGGAGUCUACCUCCUGGAUGGACCUUCAGAGCAUGGAUUGUCAAGCCAAACUGAGUCUUAUUCCAAUGAGAAAAUGAGUCUUUUGAAAUUAUGGCAUCGUCGCCUUGGUCAUAUGUCUAUCAAUUCUGUCAAUCCUUCUCUUCAGGGGGAGAAUGCAAGUGAAGAUCGAACUCCCUUCUGCCUUCCUAUUCCUACCUCUGUUCUUCCCUCUCUUCCUACCUCUAUUCCUUUUCCUCCUUCUCCUCCUUCUCCUCCUCUUGUGUAUCGACCUCGGUCCUGGCAGCAAUUUUUCAUCAGGCGUAGUAAGAGGGUGGCUCCUGAAGCAGAAUGCCCAUCACUAUCUGAUUCCCCAAACUCAGGUAAUCUUGAACCUCCUGACAAUCCUAUUAUUGAUUCUAACCUUGAUCUUCCUAUUGCCAUUCGAAAAGGAAAGAGGACAUGUAGCAAGUAUCCUAUCACUAACUAUGUGUCUUAUGAUGCUCUUUCACCUUCCUAUUGUGCCUAUAUUUCUGCUAUCUCUUCCGUUUCCUCCCCCCGCAGUGUUACAGAGGCAAUGCAUUGCCCCCAUUCGAAGGAAGCUAUGAACCAAGAAAUGGAGGCCCUAAUGAAGAACCAGACUUGGGAGGUUGUUCCCAAAGAUAAGAUUCUUGUUGGGUGUAAGUGGAGAAGUAAGAAACAAUCUGUGGUUGCUCGUUCUAGUGCUGAGGUAGGGUACAGGGCAAUGGCUCAUGGAGUGUCUGAACUACUCUGGUUGAAGACCUUAUUGACUGAGAUGGGCAUCCAAGCAGAUGUUCCAAUGAGACUAUAUUGUGACAACCAAGCAGCCAUAAAUAUUGCUCACAAUCCUGUCCAACAUGGUCGUACAAAGCAUAUUGAGGUGGAUAGACACUUUACUAGAGAAAGAAUUGCUAGCGAAGAGAUUUGCCUUCCUUUUGUAAGGUUAGAAAACCAACUAGCUGAUUGCCUCACUAAAAGUGUUCACCAUCCAAAGUUUGCUAAGAACCUUGCCAAGCUGUGCAUGAUUGACAUAUAUGUUCAGCUUGAGGGGGGUGUUGAGAAUGGCUAG